CCUCAACGGACCAUCCGUCUUUACGCCAGUGGAGCACACAAACCGGCAACAUGAGGCCUUCUGGGGCUCGCCUCACCACUGGCCUGCAACAACGACGGCCUGGGCUCGAACGGACGCUGGUCCUUUGCCAUCGGCGCAUGUUCUCUUCUUCCCCGGCUCGCCAUGUCACCUCUGUGAGCAGGACCGUCGAACUUCCUCGCGUACAAUGGGGAUGCCAACCCAGGCGCCUUUUCCGCGACGAUAGGGGGCCACGGGAGGAAGAACCUUCAAAAGGAUGGUGGAACGAACAGAAACAAUCCUUCGGGAAAACGAAGCAGGUCCUGCGGAACACACCGAUUGUAUGGAAACCAAUCCCUAUUGGGCUUGGGAUUGCCUGCUUGGCCGCCAUACAGUACCUACAUAUGCGACGGCGUGAAGACCAAAGCGCUGCAGAUCCCGACCAUCCAGUCGUGACCUUGGAAGGUCCAUGGCAGGUUCACGUCUAUGCUGCUCUGCCAUUACGGGCGGUGUCUCGCCUAUGGGGCUGGGCCAACAACUUGACCGUCCCAGUUUGGCUUCGCGGUCCCUUCUACCGGGCGUAUGCAAGCUACUUUGGAUGCAACCUGGACGAGAUGGAGGACCCCAACCUCGAGCACUAUGCGAACUUGUCGCAGUUCUUCUACAGGCCUCUCAAGCCUGGGGCUCGCCCAAUCGACAAUGACGCUCUCUUGGUCAGCCCAGCGGAUGGCAAAGUGCUGCAUUUCGGGUUGAUCACACAGCAGCGCACGGUCGAGCAGAUCAAGGGAGUCACUUACUCCCUGGACGCUUUACUGGGCCGUCAAAAGCAACUAGAGGAGGCCAAAGCUGUCGUUCCCAUAAAUGAGGAAGAACGAGCCAAGACAUUGAAAUUGGCGGAGAAGUCCCAUUCGCAAGAAAUCGUCGCACACGAUAAGUUUGGAAACAUCAACGACAUCGAUUACUCGCUUGACAAAAUGCUUGGGCACAGUCAACAAUCCGUCACAGACGAAGACAACUCUGUUGUGCCCGCCAAACCCACCACCAACGCCAUCACACAGUCCACACGACCAGGAAACGCGCUGUUUUUUGCCGUUAUCUACCUCGCUCCAGGGGAUUACCACCGGUUCCAUUCCCCGACUGAUUGGGUCGUUCGCGCACGGAGACAUUUCUCGGGCGAGUUGUACUCUGUAUCCCCGUUGGCUGUCACGGCUAUCAAGAACUUGUUUGUGUUGAAUGAGAGGGUGGUUCUGAUGGGAGAGUGGGCGCAUGGGUUCUUCUCGUACAUUCCUGUCGGAGCGACAAACGUGGGCUCCAUCAAGAUUGACUUCGACCCUGACUUAAAGACAAACCUCCGCAAACGCCAAAUCAAACACGCGCCCGGAAAGUACGACGAAUUACAGUACGGCGGCAACGGCGUGCAACUCGCCAAAGGCCAGCAGAUGGGCGGGUUUGAGCUAGGCAGCACCGUCGUGCUCGUCUUUGAGGCCCCGACCAACUUUGAGUUUACGUUGGAGGGCGGGCAGAAAGUCAAAGUGGGCGAACCCAUGGGGAGGAUUAGAGAAUAGAGAUCGGCCGAUUCAAGUAGGUUUCUGUUUAUAGAAUGGGCAUAUGAUUGUCAUUUGGCUAGUGAUUGUCAUUUGCGAUGCAUGCAUACUUCGCGUGCGCGAUAUAUGUACGUAGAUAUGGUACCAUGGAUGGUGGAGUAUGUACAGAUAGUGACCAUAAGUCUGC